AUGAUGGUCUACGAGGAUGACCAGGAGAUUCACUUAGUCAUGGAGUAUAUGGCUGGUGGCGAGCUCUACGAUCGCCUCUUCGAUGCCAAAGUGUACAACGAGGAGAUCGCUGCCAACACCUGCCAUCAGAUGUUGAAAGCGGUCUCCUACAUGCAUGCGCAUCAGAUCGCGCACCGAGACCUGAAGCUUGAAAAUUUCCUCUACGAGCGGAAGGACAACAACCAUCUCAAAUUGAUCGACUUUGGAUUUGCCAAAUUCUGGGAUCGAAGUACGAAAAUGUCGCAGGCCUGUGGAUCCACCCACUACGUGGCGCCGGAGGUGUUGGCCAAGUCCUACACCCUGAAAGCAGACAUGUGGUCGCUUGGAGUCAUCAGCUUCAUGCUCCUUACAGGGAGUCCUCCGUUUCAAGGGAGUAACGACAAUGAAGUCCUGCGCAAGAUCAAGGCUGGCAAGAUCCACUGGUCCACACGCUUCAAGCGCCUUUCAGAUGGUGCCCAAGAUUUCGUCAAGGCGCUGUUGCUGAUGAACCCCGAGGAGCGCUUGGAUGCCGCAGGUGCACUCAGCCAUCCCUGGAUCACCGGGAAGGGUGGUUUGCGUGGCAGCAACACCGUUCUCGACGAUGGGAUCAAGCUGAGUCUGCGAAAAUUUGCAAGGGCAUCAACGUUCCGCCGUGCUGUGCUAUCUAUGAUGGCUUGGUCUUUGUCUGCGGAGGAUCGCGCACAGCUGCGCAAUGAGUUCUUGUCCUUCGACACGGAGAACACCGGAACCAUCACCCACUUGCAGAUGAAAGAAAUCUUGGAGACGAACUAUCACAUCGACAGCAUGGAGGCGGAGGCAGUCUUCAGCAUGAUGGAUACCGACCACGACGAUGUCAUCGCCUACAGCGAGUUCCUUGCUGCGGCCCUGCAGGGACGGCUCAAGGUGCACGAGGACAUCUUGCGACGGACGUUCCGAAAGUUUGACAUCGACAAUUGCGGCCGCAUCACUGCAGAGGACCUGAGAAACAUUCUGGGCGAGCAGUUCGAGGGGACCGAUGCGGAGGACUUGAUCCGCGAGGCCGACACAAACGGCGACGGCAUGAUUGAGUAUGACGAGUUCCUGCAAUACUUCCACAAUCACGAGCCGCACGUGGAGGGCGCAGAGGUCCAGGAAGAUGCUGGAGCUGGACCAUGGACACGGAAGACUCGAUCGCUCUGCCGUCAGCCGCCUCAGUACUCCAAACGCAGACGUGCGGCGGUCGGAAUUCUUGAGCCUGUGGAAUUGUGGUCACAGAGACCGACGUAG